GGAGAAAUUAAUAACUAAUUGUACCUUAAAUAUAUAUGUUAGGAGACUAAUUCAUUCUAAAUUGUACCUUGAAGAGAGGAAUGCUGCUAUACUCUGUUUAAAGGUUACUCGCAUAGUUUUUGGCAGGGUUUGGUCAUCAAAGAACCAUCAAUGUAUACAUGCACACGAAUUAUUCGUGAUCACUUGUGGUUUAUUGGGCUUGGAUAUGUUAGGAGACUAAUUCAUUCAAAAUUGUACCUUGAAGAGAGGAAUGCUGGUAUACCCUGUUUAAAGGUUACUCGCAUAGUUUUUGGCAGGAUUUGGUCGAAUUUUUCGUUGUCUCUUGUGGUUUAUUGGGCUUGCACUUUAUCAAUUUGAUUAUAAAAGGCUAUAAGUGAAGUCAAAUGUCAGCGAUAUAUGUUGUUUUAGUUGUGUCGCGAUAACCAGGCUCUGUGAAGUGUGUUCCGUUAGUUGGUGUCUUCCAAAAGAAAGCUAGAAAAAAAGUUGAUUCUAUAAUAAAACACACAUUGAAACAACCGAAAACGAAGUAUUAUAUUAACAGUAUUAGUUCUUUGUUUAUAAAAUAGCAUUAUUUUCCACCCUUUCCUAUUCUACUUGUAGUUAUAAUUCUCUAAUUAUAAUUACUCAAUCCGCGAUAACCGUGAUAUAAUAAAACGAUAAUUUUGCAUAGCUCCUAUUCGGCAUAUUUAAAAUGAAUGAUAUCGGUGCUAUAUUUUUAGUAAUUAUAGUUUUCGGCGUCAUCUAUCUCAUAAUAAGAGUCUGUGCAAUUAUGUGCUGUGGACCAGUUAAAGAAAAUAACAGUAAUGAGCGCGGUGUGCGCAGACGUGUAAUACGACGUAUACGUAUCGAACCGGCGAAUGUUGCCGAAAGCGGAGGCAGAACAACGACAACAAGUACGGUAACAGGAGCUAGUACUAGUGCAGCAACAGAAGAUCGCCAAGGCAACAUUUUUACAAUCGCCAAUGAGAGCGCCAACAACCCGUUACCACAUCGUUGUACAGAUUUCUUCUAUGUUGAACCGAGCGCCGAAGAUGCUGCCCGCAUUCGCGCACAACUCGAGAAGGAUGAAAAGGACUUACCCACCUACGAAGAGGUGAUGGCUAUGAGUGCCGCACAGGCGGCGGCCGGUACAUUAUCGCCUCCGCCUACCACCUCAACAACCUCCGUUGCCACUACGGAUACGACAGUGCCGCCAUACUCAGAAGUCGAUCGUAAUGGAACGCAUGCUGCACCACUAACCUUGGAAAUCGGUACAACUGCGUGGCCAACAGGAAACGAAACAGCACCAGCUGCGGUAGCAGGAGCAGCUUCGACAUCCCGUGCUGCCGCCGCAGCCGCCACAAAUACAGCGACUACAGCUACAGUCGUCACCAUCGCCAAUUCGGUGUCAAAUACAAGCGUGUGAUCCACUCACUUGCAUUCAAUAGUAUGCUGUAUUGGUCUUCAUACAGAUGGCGUAGAGUACGAGCAACAUAAUGUCUUUUGAACUUACAACUUGGCUGGAAGGUCAAUAUUGCCACGUGCUAGUUAUUUCAUUUAGAGUACGCAUUUAAAUGUUCUUUCAUAUGUACAUACACACAUUCCGGCAUUUUAGAGAGUGUUAUGUUUUUAUCAGUUCAUCCAUAGGUAUGCCCUGAACUUAUUUAUCUAGUUUCUAUUUUGUGUAAAUUAACCUUUAUUUUAUAAGAAAACUUAUUAUAAAAAGUGUGAGUAAUUAAAAUAGCUUUACAACAGGCAUCGUAACUAACGGUUAUUUAUAGAAAGUACAAAUACGAGUACUCUUCCACAUUUAAAUCGAGCACAGGUGAUCUUUUAUUGUAAAUAAACGAGUAUUCAUAACGAUAGAUAAUCUAAAAUUUUAGCAUAAGUUGUUGUAAAUCGAAAGCUUUAAAAAUAUAUACCUUUACAAAAAAACUGAAA